AUGGACUGUCCCGGACCGGCGAGAAGAACUUCAACGAGACUUACUUUCUGGAAAGAGUGGACCGGUUGCAGUCCACGAUCAUUCGCAUAAUUUCGGAGGGGCCGAGGUCGCCGAAGGUCCCUAUGUGGUGGACCUCGUUCAAGGAGGGCACCUUCAACGACUUCCUGACUCACUACAGAAAAGAGGACACCAGAGCGCUCGCUCAUUCCGCGGUGAAGAAGCUCGCGAAGAUCGGCUUGGAUAUCCUGAAUUCCGACGCGAGUUCCAAGAAGGACUGUUCCUGGUGCUUCUCGAUGUCCCUGAUCGACGUGCUGAAUUCCCAGCUGGAGAACCACCGGCUCUACUCGGAACUAUCCUGCCAGCUGAGCCGAUUGAACGUAUCGGAGAUUCAUGAGCUCGUGCUGCGCGAUUUCCAUUGGGACGAGACCACCCACAAGAUCAAGCAUUUCCGGACCCUGUACGCGGACAAGACGAAGGAGGAGUGGAUGGCGGCGCUGGAGAAGAUGCUGCACCACGUGGUGGACAUCGCGAUGGACUUCCAGAACGAGACGUACAGCGACAGGAUCGGCGAGUGCUACCGCAAGUUCUUCGGGUCUCCGCCGUUGUCCAGACCGGGGCUGUACGUGUCGGUGAUGCUGGGCAUCGUGGAGAACCUGCGGCAGAACGUGUUCAUCCUGGACACGGCCAGGUACCACAGGAACAUCGACUCGCUGAGCAGAAUGGCGGCCAAGUACGUCCCGAUUUGGAAGAACCUGAGCGACGUGGCGCUGCCGAAGUUCGCGCACGAGGUCGAGGCGUUCCUGCCCGGCGCGACGAUCAACGUGAACGCGAUCAUGAACGACAGGGAGGGCUCCCUGUGCGCCACGAAGCCGGAGUGCCGGAACGUGACGCUUCUGGCGAAGCGUUUGGGCUCGAAGAGCGCCGAGAAGCUGUUCCGGUACGAUCCAAAGGCGGCCGACUAUCCCAGCACGUGGCACAUCGCCGAUCGGCUGUCCUGGACCCUCGACGUGGACCGCAUAGAUCGCGAGUUGAAGGGCUGGAGGAUGGACGCGUCCUUGGACCUGACUUGGCUCAGGGAGAUCUUGAGACACUUGUACACGGUUCUAGCGGAGAGCGGCGACCUCCUCGACGUCGCCAGCAAGAUAGACUUCGAGGACAUCUCGAACGUCCUCGGAGUGCCGGACGUCGUCGACGGGGUGCUGAAUAUCUUGAGGGAGAAGACCGUGGACAAGCUGUUCAACGGAGUGAAAGAGGUAGUGGAGGACGUGAAGCCGUUCGUCAAGGAGCCGGAGAUCCUCGACGACAUCUACGAGAUGGUCUCCGCCCUGGAGUCGAUGGACAUCUUCAAGAACCUCGGCCUUCUGAACAUGAAAUACGUGGUCAGGGACAUGUUCGACGAUUGGGACCUGGUGAACUCGUAUCUGACCGAUAAGAUCCAUAUAUCGAACAACGUUCUGGCGAUGCUGAGCGAGGCGAAGAUCGACAUGAUCUCCGUGUUCAUGAAGGAACGGAAGGCUCUCAGCAUGAAGGAGAUCAUCUGCUCGCCGAAGAAGCUCGGCGAGAUGCUGAGCUUCAACGAGAGGGUCACCGCGACGGAGGUCAGUGCUGCCAUUUGCCAGCUGGACGACGCCCAGACGCAGAACGUCACGAUUGCCAUGAUCAAGAACAUGAACUUCGAUUAUAUUUUCAAAACGUUGAUGAGCGCCAACGUGAAGAACAUCCUGUCGAAUGCGAACCUGACGGAGGCCGAAGGGAAAAUGGUGUUGGCGAACCUUGGCGUAGCAGCGGAACUGAUGCCCUUCUUCAAGGAGAAGUUAGCCUCCGGCGUGCCGACGGCGGAGCCCUUGAAGUCGAGCCUGCAGACAGAAGAAGAGGAUCAGCCGAUGUCCACUUCCAAGUUCCUCGAGGACUCCAGCAAGAUGCUGUGCGGCCAGGCGAUGGUCUCCGACAACGGUGACCUGUACAAGAUCAUCUCGAGGAUCGAAGACAACAGCAAGCAGUACGACCAGGCGGAACUCGAUUCGUUGCCCAGUACGUAGACCCAGCGAGUUUAUCGG